CACAUAAACAAACAUGCCUGAAGUUCCCGGCGCAGAGCGCGAGCGCUCCGGAAAUACAAACAAGAAGAGAAAGCAGGGACAUUUGGACGAAUUGUCCUCUAGAAAGAAAUCUCGUUGGGGGGUUUUAACUAGUCAGGGAGCUCAGGUUUCUAUCUGCAGUAAACUCUGAGAAUUACCAUUCUGUUGAAUAUUAAUGAGUCUCCAUUGGGGCGCACAGAAAGAACUCCUAAGUAAGGCGAAAAAUUCCCAGAAGUCCUCAGUGCUGCAGUAAAGACCAGCUGCCAUGUCGUACACGUAUCAGUGGCUAGACGUGCCAUGGGGAGACGGAGACAUGGGCUCAUGGGCAGACCGAUCUCCACUCCAUGAAGCUGCAAGCCAGGGACGCCUUCUGGCCCUGAAGACCCUGCUCUCACAGGGUUACAAUGCAAACUUGGUCACCAUUGAUCAUGUGACUCCACUGCACGAGGCGUGUUUGGGUGACCAUGUGGCAUGUGCCAGAGCUCUCAUAGAGGCCGGAGCUAACGUGAACGCUACCACCAUCGACGGAGUGACGCCUCUGUUUAACGCCUGUUCCGCCGGCAGUGCCACAUGUACGGAGGUUGUUCUGGAGCAUGGCGCUAACCCACAGCCUGAGCCGUGCCAACCUUCACCGAUCCACGAGGCCAGCAGCAAAGGAAGGACGGCGUGUGUGGAGACUCUGAUAUCAUGGGGGGCAGAUGUGGAUUACGAUAUUCCUCACUUAGGAACACCACUGUACAUCGCCUGCGCCUCCCGAGAGCUACAGUGCACACGGAAACUUCUAGAUGGAGGCGCUAACGUACAAAAGGGCCGUUUCCUGGACACGCCGCUUCACGCCGCGGCGCAGAAAGACUGCCCUGAGAUCGUCAAAGUGCUGCUGGAGUUCGGCGCCAACAUCAACGCUCGAAACGUGGAGCUACAGAGAGCAGUGGAGACAGCGCCCCCUAGCAGCCUGGCAGAAUGCUUGUUACUGCAUUAUGAAGUUACUCCACGCUCUUUGAGUGAGCUGUGCAGGUUGUGUAUCAGAGAAUAUCUCGGACGCACGAGGCUUCAUCUCAUCCCUCAGCUGAAACUGCCACCUCUGCUCCACAAAUUCCUGCAACACAGAUAGACACCUCUCUCUCUCUCUCUCUCUCUCUCUCUCUCUCUGUCUCUUUCUCUCUCUCUCUCUGUCUCUCUCUCUCUCUGUCUCUCUCUCUCUCUGUCUCUCUCUCUCUGUCUGUCUCUCUCUCUCUCUUUGUCUUGUCCUGUCUUUCUCUCUGUCUAACUGUAUUAUUGUGUCUCCGUCUCUCUUUGAAUGUG